AUGCCGCGAUCUCCAGCGCUCUUCCCGCUGCUGCUUUUGCUCCUACCGCAGCUGGCCGCAAGCCUCGGACUCCACGGCGCAGGCGGCCGACACCCCGAGUGCGGUCCGUGCCGUCCGGAGCACUGCCUGGUCCCCGCGCGCUGCCCCGCGCCCGGGAUCGCGGCGCGCGACGAGUGCGGCUGCUGCGCUCUGUGCCUAGGCGCGGAGGGCGCGAGCUGCGGGGGUCGGGCCGGUGCACGAUGUGGUCCUGGUCUAGUGUGCGCCAGCCGCGCCACCGGGGCGGCGCCCGAGGGCACCGGGCUCUGUGUGUGCGCGCAGCGCGGCGCCGUCUGUGGCUCCGACGGCCGUUCUUACCCUAGCGUCUGUGCGCUGCGGCUGCGCGCCCGCCACGCGCCCCGCGCUCACCUCCGCCACCUGCACAAGGCGCGCGAUGGCCCCUGCGAGUUCGCUCCUGUGAUCAUCAGUCCACCACGGAAUGUUCACAACUUCUCUGGAGCACAGGUGUACCUGUCCUGCGAGGUGAGGGCUGUGCCUGCCCCAGUCAUCACGUGGAGGAAGGUCACACAAUCUCCUGCGGGCACCCAGGUGCUGGAAGAACUGCCUGGGGACCAUGUCAAUGUGGCUGUGCAGGUGCGGGGGGGCCCUUCUGAUCAUGGAGCCACAGCCUGGAUUUUGAUCAACCCACUAAAAAAAGAAGAUGAAGGUGUAUACCAAUGCCAUUCAGCCAACAUGGUUGGGGAGGCCCAGUCCCACGGCACAGUGACAGUCAUAGAACUGAGUGAGUACCAACCAAACCCCCCACCUCCCAACUCCAGAUGA